GGGUGAGAGCGGGCCAGUCAGCGGGAGUCACAGUGUGGAGGACAGGACGACACAUGAACCAGAACGCAACGCAAAGUGGAUGUUUGGAGGCAAAUCCGUCCGUGAUUAGAAGCUUUUAUACGCACGAGGACAAAAUAUGGACUUUUGACUUUCACGUCGAACAUCAUCCAGUUUUUGGCAAUCGCGUAUUUUGCACGCGCACAUCGUUACGCAGGAUUGAAACAUACCUUCCAUAUCGUUUGCAAAUCUCGAAGCACCACCGGGAUGUUUAGAUGAGACUAGUAACUCCAACAGGUCUUUCAGGAGGCUAAGAUGCCAGUUUUAACCUUGCCUGGUUGAGCAUCGCCUCCCUCUGCUGUGUCCAGUGCUGUAGCGCCCCCUGCUGUUUCACCGAGGAAGGUCAGGGAGGCCAGGCAGUAUGAAGAACAUAUUAGAGGAUGGGAUGAACCUUGUUAUAGUCAGCCACUACAACCACUCAGGGAAGUGGGAUCGGUCUCGCAAUGACGGGCCCUGUAAGAUGGCCGUGCUGCUCUUCAUCUGUGCGAUGAUUGUUGUGGAAAACGUCACGGUCCUGCUCGCUCUCUGGAGGAACAAGCGCUUCCACAGCCGCAUGUACUUCCUCAUUGGAAACCUGGCACUGUCAGACCUGCUGGCUGGUAUUACCUACGUGGUCAACAACUUUACCUCGGGACGUAACACCUACUUCCUGACACCAGUGCAGUGGCUGGCCAGAGAAGGGAGCAUGUUUGUGGCCCUCAGUGCGUCCACGUUCAGCCUCCUGGCCAUUGGGAUUGAGAGGCACAUGACUAUGGUGCGUUUGCGUCCCUGCGAGACAGCAGGUCGGGGGAGACUUCUCGGACUGCUGGCGGCCUGCUGGCUUGUGUCAGUGCUGCUCAGCGCCCUGCCCAGCCUGGGCUGGAACUGCCUGAACAAUAUGGCCUCCUGCUCCACAGUGCUGCCGCUCUAUGCUAAGAGUUAUGUGGCCUUCUGCAUCAGCGUGUUCAGCGCCCUGUUGGUGGCCAUCAUCAUCCUCUACAUCAGGAUAUACCGCCUGGUGACCUCUAGCGGCCGCAGGGUGAGCAGCCGGCCGUCAGAGCGCUCUCUGGCCCUGCUGCGGACAGUGGUUAUUGUUCUUGGAGUGUUUGUCAUGUGCUGGACCCCCCUCUUCCUCCUGCUGCUGCUGGAUGUUGGCUGUAGCCCAGUUAAGUGCCCAGUGCUCUUCCAGGUGGAUUGGUUUAUAGCCCUGGCUGUGCUCAACUCUGCCCUCAACCCUCUGAUAUACACUCUGUCCAGCAGGGAGAUGAGGGCGGCUUUCUUCAGGCUGCUGUGCUGCUGUCAGACAAGCAUGGAGCACACUGGGACUCCUGUGGUCGGCAACCCAAACCUGGGCACAGUCAUCCCCACAGCGGAGUACAGCAAGACCAGCGGAGGAGGGGGCAGUGGGCCUGGCAAGUCCACGCUGAAUAGAGGGAAGGUUCCCACGCCUAUGAACUCUGACAACAAGAAUGGAGAUCCCUCAGCCACCGCUCUGCCCCAUCCCUCUGGACCUGCAGACCUGCUCUCAGCUGUGCUCGUGAAGGCGGGGGCGCUGCCGCCCCUCAGCAAGUUCUGAGUGGAAGCACCUUAAUGAGGCAUGACAGUCCCACAGAAGUAGACUUAGAACUGACAUAGUCCUGCUAUCAGCCACUUUUUGUUUAUGCACUAUGGAUAUGAAGUAAUGAUAUUCAGUUGGAACCACAUGAAUGUGGAUCAGAGUACAAUCAACAUUAUUUAAAGCCACUAUUUACAACAACUCAAAAAUAUUAUUCACACCAGAGUUACUAAUAUUUGUCUUGCACAAUGAUUAACAUGUCACAUUUCAAAUCUAUGAAAUACAAUAGGACAGGAUCUUAACUCAUGUCUGUGAAACUAAACGUGUUAACGCUUCAAACAACAGCAGCAUAAUUAACUUUAUUAGUGUUUGUCAAUGUGUUUAUUUUAUUGUGUCAUUAUAAGCAGAAAAGAUCAAAUUAGGGCACUCUUUUCUUUUGCAUGUGCCAUAUGCAAGUACUCUUAAAACACCUGCAUUUUCCAUCACAACUUGACUUGGUAAACUAUUUAUUUUCUGUGAAAACAUUUGCCAUUUUAACACUAUUGGUAUACUUGUUUGGUAUAUUUUGUGUGCAUAAAACCCUUCAUGGUACGAGGACUUAAUUAUUAAUUUUGUUAUGAUUUGAGAUGCACUGUGAGAGAAAACAAUAGCUAAAGUGUGACUAGCGGCCGCAUGAGGCUGUGAUACUCAUUACACACCAGAAUUCAACAUUUUGCUUUUAUUUUGGAGUCUCACCACUAGUGGGCAACAGCGUUAGGAUUGUCCCGACGGUGGUUGCUACAGAAAAGCAAUUUACUCAAAAUCAACUCUAUAUUUCUAGAACUGACUCAUAUUUCAUUAGACUAAGACUCUGAAUUAGCGUGGCUAAUAACUCCACACAUGUUUGCUUCUCAUCUGCACAUCUAGAAACCACUCGCACGUCAACUAACCACUAGUGAAUAAGUGUUGGAUGUGAAUUAUUUAAUGAUGGUAGACUGUAAGUGACAUUUCUGCCUAGGGUGGUGUAGUGCCUGAUACCAUUAUAUAGCAAGUAAAAAUAAAAUCCUAUUCCCUUUUAGGAGAU